AGGGGGGCGUCGGCCGUCGGUCGGUUCGAUGGGACGCGGCGGCGGCGAGGGCCUCCACCCGGCCAGCCCCGGCGGCCUGAAAAGCGAAUCCGAUUCCACGCCCGUCCCCCCCUCAACCCGCCACUUUCUGUAGCAACAUUCCUGCCUCCGUCUCGCUCUCCCUUCCUGCUUUGCUUGUUAUUCCUUCCGCCCGCUUGCUUCCCCUCCCUGCCGUGGAAGAGGAGCAAGGGGAGGAAGAGGGCCGGCCCAUCGCCGCCGCCGUCGCCGCCGCCGGCAGGGCGGAUGUCGGACCGGGAGCUCCCGCCGCCGCUGCGAUCCAUCCGAAUUACAGGGGACGGGAGGUGCCUGUUCCGGUCCGUCGCCUAUGGCGCCUGCAUAAGGAGAGGCAAGCAGUCGCCGAGCGACAGCGCCCAGAAGGAACUCGCCGACGAGCUUCGAGCAAAGGUUGCAGAUGAGUUCAUCAAGCGACGAGGAGAUACCGAAUGGUUCCUCGAAGGCAAUUUCGAGAGCUAUGUGCGGAAGAUGAGGAAGCCUCACGCCUGGGGAGGAGAACCUGAGCUGCUCAUGUGCUCACAUGUUCUUGGGAUGCCCAUCACCGUCCACAUGUACACCAAGGGCACCGAUAACCCCAGGAUCAUAGCAGAGUAUGGCCAGGAGUACGGCAAGGACAACCCGGUCCGUGUUCUAUACGACGGUUAUGGGCACUACGACGCGCUGCAGCCAUCUCUUGUAAGAACACAACCAAGACUGAGAGGAGCGUAGCUAACCGGAGAAUGGUGCGCUAUGUAAGCUUCUUCUACUACUUCUCUAGGGCAGCCGCAUAAAUUCCGACAUCUGCUGCAACUUGGUUUCGUUCGAGUUGGCAGAUCACGGUAUAGCACAUAUGGAGGUUCAGCCCGGGUUCGCUGCUCUAUCGUUCGAUCUUCUUCGAGGCUGAUGUAUAAAUAAUAAGCUUCGCGUGUGUAACUCCUGAUCCAGUCAGGGAAUUUAACUGCAUAAACUUACACUGCGUCCAGCUUAAAAUGGAGUGUUUUGUGUAAAUUCUGGAAUAUUUUACUCUGAAAGCUUUGCUGAUGGACAUAUGGUUCGCCGACAAUUGCUUCGAAGCAACUGAAUUCUCACGGCGAAUGUGAAUACAAUCUUUCUCAGAGUAUGAAUACAAUCUUAUUUUGUUA